AUGAAGAGGGUAGUCCUCCUCACCGCAUGCGUUGGCGCGUGUUCAGCGAGGGCGAUUGGAGAGAGGAUCCAAUACGAUACCACGUCAGCACAAAUUGAUGCACCAUCACGAUUCUUUCUAUCUUCGGAUUUCUUCACAACACCCUCGUCCUUGCACACUCCGGGACUGUCCACAGACAACUCCCUCGUGUCACCUACCCACUCCACGAUACGUUCAACAGGUCGUUGGUGGCCUGGUCCCUGUGGUGGCAUAUUAGCCAACGAGUCUGGAUCAUCGCUCACUCUCGAAUUUAACGGUACCGCAAUAACACUGUACACAAAUGGAGGUUCUUACAAAGUCUCUCUCGACGAUCGAGAGGUGGUCGUCCUUCCCGAUUCCCCCGAACGUGAGGAUUGCACCCCAGAUGCUUCCUUCACCGUAGACAAUCUGUCGCCCUCAGUACACCGGAUGGUGAUCUCGUCCAUCUCGAACUUUGAGCUUGUCGGGCUGCGUCUAGCCCCAGUUGGUUCAGGUGUCCCGUCCGGACACCCUCCCGAUCCGCAGUCAGUCCCGCUCCCUCCACCGACCUCUUCACGACCGCCAUCUUCCCCAAGCCACCACGGUCAAUCAGCGAAUCACCUCACUUCUCCCGUCGUUUUCUUUGACUACUCGACUGCGGACCUGCCUCUCGUGGGAUUCGCUGCAUUGUUUCUGAUGGCCGCAUACCAGUCUCGUCGCCGUCAUCUGCAACGUAUUGACCGUGGCAAAGACAUGGAUGCGAAAUGA